AUGGAACCAAGAAACAACACACACGUUUUAGAAUUUGUCCUAUUGGGGUUUUCACAGGACCCAGACCUGCAGCCUGUGAUAUGUGGCCUUUUUCUUUCCAUGUACUUGAUCACUGUAGUUGGAAACUUGCUCAUCAUUCUGGCCAUCGUCUCAGAUGCCAACCUGCACACUCCCAUGUACUUCUUUCUGUCUAACCUGUCAUUUGUGGACAUAUGUUUCACCUCCACCACUGUCCCCAAGAUGCUAGUGAACAUUCAAAUGAAGAGAAAAACUAUUAGCUAUGCAGAUUGCAUUACUCAGAUGUACUUUUUUCUGGUUUUUGUGGAACUGGACAACUUCCUCCUGGCUGUGAUGGCCUAUGACCGUUAUGUGGCCAUUUGUCAUCCCCUGCAUUACACUGUCAUUAUGAACCACAGACUCUGUAGGUUUCUGGUCCUUGUAUGCUGGAUUGUGAGUGUUCUGCAUGCCUUGUUACAAAGCACGAUGGUGCUGCGGCUGUCUUUCUGCACAGACUUGGAAAUCCCACACUUCUUCUGUGAAUUGAACUAAGUGGCCCAGCUCACCAGCUCUGACACCUUUAUUAAUGACGUGGUCAUGUAUUUUGCACUUGUGCUAUUGGCUACUGUUCCUCUCUCUGGCAUCCUUUACUCUUACACCAAGAUAGUGUCAACCGUACGGGGAAUCUCCUCAGCCCAGGGGAAGUACAAGGCAUUUUCCACCUGCGCAUCGCACCUCUCAGUUGUCUCCUUAUUUUACUGCACAGGCCUAGGAGUGUACCUCAGUUCUGCUGCAAGCCACAGCUCACAAGCAAGUGCGAUAGCCUCUGUGAUGUACACGGUGGUCACCCCCAUGCUGAACCCCUUCAUCUACAGCCUGAGGAAUAAAGAUGUGAAAGGGGCCUUGAAGAGGCUCUUAGGAGGAAAACUAUGA